CCAAAAAAAAAAAAUUGAGCAAAACACCAAAAAUAGAAAACUUCUACGUCAAACCCUAAUUUGGCAAGAGGAGAAAUAAAAAUUCGAAGCUCCAAGCUCCAAGGAGAGAAAUCAAAAUUCAAAUUUCCAUAUGUAUUAUAUAUGAUCAACCUUCCACUCUUCCUUUUCAACGUUGAUGGAUCUCUUUUUGGUGAAUGUAUUGCUUUCAUUCUGUUUUAUUAUAGCUGAAUUGUAACGUUUGACUUUUCAGGGGAUACACUAAACAACAAUUCUAGAUUCGCAGUUGCAUUGUCUAUAGGAAACUGUAUCCCAAGUAAAUAGGAAACUGUAUAAAUUGUAUUGAUUUAUUUUCUUAGAUUUCCUUUUUACUAAGAUAAUUUCUUCUUCUGUUAGUUUCCUAACACGUAUAAAUACAGACUUUUAGGCAAAAUGAAUGUACCUCAUCAAUCAAAUAUUCAAAGAAAUCGUGAGAAAAUCCAAGGGAAAAAAAACUCAAAGAAGAAGAAGAAGAACUGAAGAAGAAGAUAUGAUUAGCGUUCACGAGGAAUUAGUGGCAAACAUACUCACAAAAUUGCCUUUGGGAAGUAUCAUUAGAUUCAAGCUUGUGUGUAAGGCAUGGAGAUCGCUCAUAGAAUCUGAUUUCUUCCGCCACCUCCUCCACAAAGGUAACGCUAAUUCAACCUCUCCUUAUUGGUCGAUCCUACACACUGAUAUAUGCCUAUACGACUCCCGUAUGGACGACGAACUGGAACUUAAUUUUCCACAUGAAUCGCAUGGUAACAACUGGUCUUUUAAAAGCAUGCGACAUCAUCAUCAUAUGGAUGUCGACGAUAGAAGUAAAAUAAGGGUUGUUUCUUGCGCUGAUGGGUUGGUUUUGCUUCGUCACGAGAGCAGCAACGAGAGCAUACGUUACUACAUUGGUAAUCCGGUGUUAUCACAAUGGACUCUACUCCCUCCUCCUCCAGUUUUGCCGGGAGAUCGUUACUACGACUCGGGACUUGUGACUCGAAUGCACAAUGGUGUCAUCUUGGGUUACAAGGUUGUUCGGCUCCAUAAAAAUAUACAACGCACUGAUAAUCCUAAUCCCCGAACCUUGAGUUUUGAGAUGUACUCGUCGGAUACGGGUGAAUGGAGUUACAAACAGGUCUCAUGUCCUGGUCAUAACCCAGAGCUCGUGAUCCAAUACAAUCCCAUUACUUUGAAUGGGAAACUUUACUGGCAUGCCGAAGGCAUGGACGACGGCAUUGUUGUCUAUGAUUUCUUCUCCGAUGAUGAUGAUCAAGCUACGUCCAUACGGUUACCCGACAGAAUGCAAAGAUUUCAUCCUGAUCAUUCUGACGCUUCAAGGUGUUUUGAUUUUUGCAUGUGUCCUUGCUAUAAGAUGAUAUGCAGCACCUCUCAGGGAUUUUUCGUGUUUAUCGAAGCUGGGCGGAUGACGGGCAAGGAGGAGGGUUACAAUGUAAAGGUUUGGCGGCUGAUGAUCAAGAGUACUGAUGAUCAUUCUUGGGAAUGGGAAACGGCUUGGGAAAUCAACAUGGCGUCUAUCGGGAUUGGCUUUGAGUCUGUUCCGAUGGCCAUCAAUAACUUCGAUGUUGACAUCAUCUACCUAUGGAGCUUACAACACAGACGUUACGUUGCAUAUAAUGUUCGGACACAAACAAAAUAUCUAGGCCCUAGCAACCGUGAUGGUCCCGCCGCCAACGAGAUGUACUUGCCUUGUGACAUAUCAGCGUGCUUUUACCCACGUAAUACUCUUACACAAUUUGUGCUUUCCUUGCAAGAGGUUCCCAAGAUGUUUAGCAAAUGUUCAUAAGUUUUGUGAUCAUGUCGUAUUGGAUAUAGUUUUGCUCUUUUGCAUAAUUUGUAGUAAUGGAAGCGGUAAACAACAAGCACCCAUGGCCUAAUGGAUAAGGCGCUUGACUUCUAAUCAAGCGAUUGUGGGUUCGAGUCCCACUGGGUGUUCUCCAGUUUUUCGCUCGCAUUUUUUUUGUUGUUGUUAGUUGGCAAUAUAUACUGUUUUGGCUAACUCUUCUGCAGUUUAACCACUUUUUAGAAGUAAACCGAAAACUUCACAAAAAUAUUGAACGCAUUUAAAUUCCAAGAAAACUGAAGUCAUACUUGUCUAUGAAUUUAUAUACAAAAAAAAAGAAACAAGAAAGAGUAAAUAAGUAGUCCCAAAGUGAAAGAGAAAAAAAAAAAACAGUUGG